UCUCCCCUCUAGGGCUCCAUCUCUCUGGCUGUCACUCCUGCCAUGUCGUGCCGCUCCUUCCAGAUGGGCUCCAGGUGUGGCAGUAGGAGUUUCAGCUCAUGCUCAGCUGUCAUGCCCCGGAUGGUCACCCACUAUGAAGUGAACAAGGGGCCCUGCAGGCCUAACAGCGGUGGGAGUCUCCGAGUCCUGGGCUGCCUUGGUUCCCGGAGCCUGUGCAAUGUGGGUUUUGGCAGACCUCGGGUCGCCUCUAGAUGUGGCCUGCCCAGCUUUGGUUAUCGAGUUGGGGCUACCUGUGGACCUUCUGCUUGCAUCACUCCUGUCACCAUUAAUGAGAGUCUUCUGGUCCCACUGGAACUGGAGAUUGAUCCAACAAUACAGAGGGUGAAAAUGGAUGAGAAGGAGCAGAUCAAGGGCCUCAAUAAUCGCUUUGCAUCCUUCAUCAACAAGGUGAGGUUUCUGGAGCAGAAGAACAAGCUGCUGGAGACCAAGUGGAACUUCAUGCGGCAGCAGAGGUGCUGCCAGAGCAACAUGGAGCCCCUCUUCGAGGGCUACAUCUGUACCCUGCGGAGGGAACUGGAUUGUGUGUCCGGGGAGCACGGGAGGCUGGAGGCAGAGCUCUGCAGUGUCCAAGAUGCACUGGAGGGCUACCAAAAAAAGUAUGAAGAGGAGCUUUCCCUGCGUCCUUGUGCUGAAAAUGAGUUUGUUGCCCUAAAGAAGGAUGUGGACACAGCCUUCUUAGUGAAAGCUGAUCUGGAAACCAAUGUGGAGGCUCUAGAGCUGGAGAAGAACUUCUUGAAAAAUUUGUUUGAAGAGGAGAUCUCGCUACUACAGUCUCAGAUCUCUGAGACAUCAGUCAUUGUGGAGAUGGACAACAGCCGGGAUCUGGACAUGGAUGACAUCAUUAAUGAAAUCAAGAUGCAGUAUGAAGAAAUCUCCAGACGCAGCAAAAUCGAACUGGAGGCCUGGUACCAGCGCCAGUACGAGGAGCUGCAGGUGACAGCUGGUAACCACAGUGACAACCUCUGCCGCCGCAAGAAUGAGAUCCUGGAAAUGAACAAGCUGAUCCAGCGGCUGCAACAAGACACUGAGACUGUGAAGGCCCAGCGCUGCAAACUCGAGGCGGCCAUAGCUGAGGCAGAGCAGCAGGGUGAGGCGGCCCUCAAUGAUGCCAAGUGCAAGCUGGCCGGGCUGGAGGAGGCCCUGCAGAAGGCCAAGCAGGACAUGGCCUGCCUGCUCAAGGAGUACCAGGAGGUGAUGAACUCCAAGCUGGGCCUGGACAUCGAGAUCGCCACCUACAGGCGCCUGCUGGAGGGCGAAGAGCACAGGCUGUGUGAAGGCAUUGGGCCAGUGAACAUCUCCGUGAGCAGUUCCAAAGGUGCCAUCCUGUUUGAGCCAUGUGCGGUCAGCACACCUGUGCUGAGGUCCGAGUACUGCACAGGGAGCACCAGCGUCCUCAGGAGCAGCGGGGGCUGCAGCAUGAUGGCCACUGGGGAACUCUACAUCCCCUGUGAGCCCCAGGGGCUUGUGGCCUGUGGGAGUGGGAGGCUCUCUAGCAUGAAGCUGGGGGCUGGGGGCAGCUCCUGCAACCACUAAUAGCACUGACCCAAAGGCUGGAAACCCAGGGGACAAUCCCUGAAUGUUACUUCAAAAGCCCACCUUCCCAUAUUGACUCCAGGUCCCCUUGGGAUUUCCACUGGAAACUAAGCUGCUCCUCAGGUUCAUCCUUACCUUCAAAAGCCACCUUUCCAAGGGGGUCCUUGGGAUGGGAUGAGAUGCAGAGAAAGAGGAUGCAUUGCUCCUGAUGAACGUCAGCCCCAGCAUGGCCAAAAGAUUGUCAGUAGUCCCAACCACGGCUGUGCUGGAGAUUAAGUGGACAUGCCACAGUUCUACUUUGUGGGAGGUCGAUGGCAGUUUCCCCACAAAGCCAACCAUUCCUUCCCACCCCCAACCCAGCUUACCAUCUUUCUGCCCUCUGAUUGUCGUGCACCUAAGAAAGGUGAACUUCUUUUAGCACCCACUGGAAACAAGCACUAUUACAAACACUAAAAUCCUCCAAAAUUCCAUCCUGAUUUUCAAAAGCCAUGCCAAAAUUUCAGGAUCACUCAGAAUCUGACAAUGUCCUUCCGAGACAAAACUCAAGAGGUGUUCUUUGGAAUACAGAUUUACUUGCUUGGUAUACUGACCCUAAACUAUGAAAGUAAGUCUGUAUCCUGAGCUUAUAUUGGCAGAUGAUGGUGGGAAGUGUUUAAAACAAAGGAAAUGGAAUAGUUACUAGACAGAUGGAGAAUCAAGAACUGACAUUUGCUCAAUGGAAUCAAUUCUCACCCUCACUGUACACGGUCACCCAGUUCCUGCUCCUUCCUCUUUUGUUCUCUUGUUUGGGCCUUUAGUCUGACCACAGCAUAGAUUUCCUUAUUAUGGGUCUGUAUGGCUGAAUUAGCAACUUGGAAGCUCUGGCUUAGAACUAGGAUAGGGAAAAGGGAACACUGGGCUGACUCCACCUUCCAGGAUACUUUCCUACAAGGCCCACCCACUUUGGAUUCAAUUUCUCUGCCUGGAACCUCUGGGUUCUCUGUUCCCAGUAAACAGAUUCUAUUUAACACUGUAAGAAUGGAGAUUACCCACCUCUUCUCUAUAUAGGAUAUGCAAUAAGCCUAAGGGGAAUUAGGAGCAGCCUUUGAAGAUUGGAGCCUUGGGAAUGGAAAUAAAAGUUGCUACAGCAAUGCAAAAA